AUGAAAAGAAAGAUACCCACCAACUUUCAGAUUGAAAGAUCUGAACAUCGCGCAAAGGACGUUACUACGGUAAAGAACGAAGUCGCCGAUGUUGUAGUUUCAAUAUCUACACCGUCCACAAUUUCUGAAUCCAGUUUUUCACCGAACAAUGUGGCAAGAGAAACAAAGCUAUGGAAAGACGAUGCAAAAAAGAGAGAAGUGAUCGAUCAAAAGGGUAGUUCAAUUUUACCAAAUGACCCGAUUAAUCAGAAGAAGGGAGAGAUCAACAACUCGCAGAUCAAAAGCGCUGAACAUCCCGUAAAGGAUAUUAUUGGGAUUAAGGAAGAGUCUGCCAACGGCAAGACUACAAUACCUGUGCCGUCUAAAGUCGCUGAGACCAACUUUCCAUCGAACAACGUGGCCAACGAAACAGAGUUAUGGAAAGACAAUAAUGAGAAGACAGAAGGAAUCGAUCAAGAGAAAGGUCAGAUGUUAUCUCAGAGCUCGGAUGAUAAGAAAUCGAAAAAUCCCACCAAUUCUCAGAAUAAAAGUGCUGAACAUCCCGUUAAGGAAUUUAUUGUUGUUAAGGAACGAUCUGUCAAUGACGAGACUGAAUUCACGGUGCCAUCCAUGACAUCGGAAAAGGUUAGCGAUCAGAAUCUUACUAGUAUUUCAACUGAGGCGAUGGAUGCAAUCAAAUCUGAGAAGGAAGUCCUGAAGGCCCUCCAUAAGAAAGACAAGGAUGAUCUAUUGACGGCAAAAUGGGUUGCAGUUCACAUCGAGAAUAAGGAGGCGAGUGAGCUUGUUAGUGAGGAAAACUCAUCUGAAGAGGAUGCACAACUCAUUGAUAAGGACGAUAUCGAGGACGACUCCGGUGAUGAGUAA